AUGCACAGGUACAUGCAACAAGGAGCAGAGGCAAUUCACUCAGUAAACCCUGAUGUUCUUGUAAUCAUGUCCGGUUUAGUCUUUGACACUGACCUUUCCUUUGUCGAAAACCGACCGGUCAACAUAUCGUUUGCCGGAAAACUCGUCUUCGAGCUCCAUUGGUUCAGUUCGUCCCGUGGGAUUUUUUGGGCGGAAAGUAACGCAAACGAUGUAUGCGGAGACUUUUUCGGCGAAGUGAAGAGCCUGGCGAGUUUCCUUCUGGACAAAGGGUUUCCCUUGUUUGUGAGCGAGUUCGGGAUCGAUGAAACAACAGACAGAGUGAAAGAGGAUCGUUACAUCGAUUGCCUGUUGGGUUGGUUGUCUGAAAAUGAUGUAGACUGGUCUAUCUGGACCCUUGCUGGGAGCUAUUACCUGAGAGAAGGAUCUCCGGGAGCUGACGAGCCUUUCGGUGUUCUGUCCCGGGACUGGAUUUACGCGAGGAAUCCUAUAUUGGAGAGAUUACCCUUUGUCCAAUCUGCCUUGAGAGGGCCGGGAUCCCAAACCGAAAACCGGGCUCUGCUUGAUGCGAAACCUACUGGACGAUCUACUGCUCUCAUUAGGGAAUUGCCGAUAUCAAACUGA